UUCCCUGCACUUCUGCGACUGUGUGUGGAAGGAGUGGGGGUCCUCUGGGCUAAUUGGCAGUGAGAGUGACAAAGGUGGUCUGCUUCAAAAGAUCUUGUAGAUGUUCAAAUAGUAAAGAGGAGAAGGAGGAGGAGAGCAGAAAAGGAGAGGGGCCUAGAGAUUCAGAGUUUAUUUCCAAAAAUGUUCCCAUCUUGGGCUGUGAUGGAGGAGGUGACGGCUGCUGGGCUCUGAGCUCCUAGGUGUUGUUCUGAUGGAGCAUUCUGGUGAAGCAUGGGCAAACUGAAACGAAGGAGACCAGUGGACUGACUGUGUUUUUUAGACAAAUAUGGAAUGAACACAAAAAGUAAAAGAGGAUGAAUAAAGUAGAGGAGAUCAUCAUGUCCUACCUCUUACGGAGAGAACAUGAGGGCGAACUGAAAGACUUGAACGUGGUGGCCAUGCUCCAUAACUUCUGGGAGAAGAAGCAGAAAAGCAGAUUAAGUGCUCCCUCCAGUGACUCCGAGGGUUCUGAUAGGAGCAGAGCUGCCAAUAGAGAGGGCCUGCUGUUGUAUGAAUCUGCUCCUUGUCCUGGUCCACCCUAUGUCUGCUAUGUCACACUGCCUGGAGGAAGCUGCUUUGGCAACUAUAAGGUGUGCGACACUCAGGCAGAAGCUCGUAGAGACGCAGCUCGUGUGGCUUUGAUGAACUCCUUUGUGAAUGAGUUGCCGUGUCGACGUAUCACCCCUGACUUCAUCACUCAGAGUUUACAGCAGGCGGCCACAAACAGUGCUGUCUCCAUAGAAGAUGCAUGUGAUUCAAGCACCAGCAUAGGAAUCUACAGUCUGCUCCUCCAUUCCUUCAUUGGAAGGACAAUGCUGGAGUUUCAGGAGAUGAUGACGGUUUUUCAGCUGCUGCAAUGGAAUGGUACACUGAAAGCCUUGAGGGAGAAACAAUGUUCACGGAAGAGUGUAAUUGCCUAUUAUUCUCAGCGAGGUCUUGACGAGUGCAUGCGCAGCAGCAUGGCUCUGGAUUGGCUUGGACGGGAGCCGAGGUCACCAGGUCAACUGGGCGAGGAGUUACAGGUGGCGCAGAGGGAGCUGGUGUUGGCACGACGUGAAGGCCUGGAGCUUCGUUUCUACAAGGAGAAGACAGAGAUCCUGUCCCUGGCUCUUAGUCAAGCUUAUGUACACACUGAAACCUGGAGCCAGAGCCAGAGUCAGAGUCAAGAACAUGACCAACUUUCUUUAAAUACAUUAACAAGUCAGGAAUCCGAAACAGAGAAAAGCAUCUUGUAGCCCAAUGUCAACUCUGUGUCAAAGUUCUGACAAACACACCAUUUCACUGUCUUCACUACAGACAUUUGGGAAUUUAAACUGAGAGCCUACCAAGAAGAAGCAGCUGAACUUGGAAAUUUGUUUGAUUGUUUAUAUUUUUUCAUACAGCAGUUAUUAACCAUUUUAAUUUUACAUACAUUUUACUAGUUUUCCUUCUGUGUCAGUUUUAAAUACAUCUACAUAUAGAGAUAUUGAUAUAAAUACAUAAUCAAAUUAUGAGUUUGGAUGCAAAGGGAGCAAACUCUAAACUAAUUUCUUUCUGCAUGUUUUUUAACAUAUUUUCUUAAUCUGUAUGUACGGUAAUUAUUCAUGCACAAGUAUGGUUAUGGGUAGAAAAAUAAAAACAGUGCUAAUAAAAAGUGUUAAAAAAUAAACUAAUCUCCAGCUAAAUGUCAAUCAAAGUAAACCUUAAAGUGAUGAAAACAUGUAUAAUGUAUAACAAUAAAUAUAUUUGGAAAAUAUCCAUCCAUCCAUCC